AUGGCACCCAAGGAUAGAGCCGUAGCCAAGGGGAAGAAGGGUGGGGCGGAUAAAGUGAGAAAGGCUCAGGCGGUUUCCAAGGGACUGAAGAAGCCCAAUAGAUCAUCAGCAGCCAAGGCGAGGUACAGCGUGCGAUUUCAUCGGCCCCAGACCCUGAAGAAGCAGCGCCAACCAAAGGCUCCCCGGCUCUCUCGGUUGUGGACUGCUAACCCCGUUCCCGCUUUGCAGCGAAAUGACAAGUACCGUGUGCUUCAGCAGCCGCUGAUGACGGAAAGUGCGAUAAAGAAGAUCGAGGAAACAAACACUUUGGUCUUCCUGUGCGAUCCUAGAGCUUCCAAGAGAGGCAUCCGGGAGGCCGUGAAGGAGACCUACGGUGUUGCUGCCCAGAAGAUUAACACACUCAUUAGGAUGGACGGAAAGAAGAAGGCCUACGUCCGCCUUACUGCUGAGUUCGACGCCCUCGAUGUUGCAAACAAGAUCGGCAUCAUCUAA